AUGAAACCUCACUUCGCUCCUCUUUAUUCGAGUCGACCAGAAACCAUAACCAAACAUCACGACUCCACGGUUGAAGCGCUGAGCGAAGACCGAAUUCUUAACGAUGACGGCCCCUUCCAGUGGAUGGUGCUGGGCUGUUCCUGCCUCGUGACCGUGGUCAACGCGUGCCACGCAUUCAGCCUUACGUUGGCAGCUUUCGUGAUGAACCAUUGGUGCCUACCUCCAGACGAUAUCGGCAAUCUGACUCUGGAUGAGUGGAAGUCUGCCUCUAUCCCCAUUGAAGAAGACGGGUCUUUCAGCCAGUGCACCAUGCACGACCCCCAAUCCUUACUUAAAAACGACUCGAUAAAGAAGAUCAUUUCCUGCGCCGCCUGGUCUUUUAACUUGACGGAACACGGUGAGACCAUCGUCAGCGAAUGGAGCCUCGUCUGCGAUCGCCGCUGGUUGAUUCCUGUGGCCUCCUUAGUCUAUUACAGCGGAACCAUCAUCGGCUUACCCAUCAUGGGGAUGGUCUCCGACCGCAUCGGGCGAAGACCUGUGGCUUGUGCAUCUGUAGGAGUAUUGAUCAUUACUGGAUUUGCCUGUACGUUCUCCAAGUCGUUUCUCUUCUUUACGGUGGUCCGCUUCGCAGUAUCGGUGAGCGCCGGCAGCCUGAUGACGGUCCUUUUUGUGGUAAUCUACGAGGUCUGUGCUCCCGCAAAGAGGGUGCUCUACGGCACCUUAACCUCAGCGUCGGCGUUUGUCGUGACUCCUUUCAUCUUCAUCGCGAUGUCCAUCCUCCAGCUAGACUGGAUGGUCAUCCACCUCGUGUUCAUGGUGCCAACAUCAUUCACGGUUGCCACCUUCUACAUAGUACAAGAGUCGCCGCGGUGGCUUCUCGCUACCUGGAAGCUGAAGGCAGCCGAGCGGGUGACUCUCCUGGCGGCAAAAGUCAACCGAACUUCUCUAGACACCGUUCGACAUUCUUUCAACUCAGCCAUCAGAAGGAUCCGGGCCAGCGACUUCGAAGAAGAAGUGCCGCUUACCAUCACCCUCUUGGGACUGCUCAUUCGGUCGAAGCACAGAAAAAACGCCAUGCUUCUGUUCUGCACGUGGAUCACCGUCAACUUCGCCUACUCGGCGUUCGCAUCGACAAAGAGAAUACUCUCCUACCAGUGGGUGCCGCUCGUCAGCGUGGCUUCCACGGCACCUUUUCUUGCGGGCCUCUACGUCUGCCUUGAAUAUUACGGCAGGAAGAAGGUAACGUUUGUACUGACCAUAGUAAUCAGCAUCGGGGCAACGGUCUUGAUGUUCACGUACCACGAAGGCAACCCCACGCUGGUUUCCGCCGUCGUGAUCGUGUUCCUUGAAAUGUCGAGCAUCGCGGCCUUCACGGCGCUGCUCCUCUUAACGCUGGAGCUGCUCCCGACGGUGUUUCGCAGCAUCGGCGUCGCCACCUCCUUCGCCUGCGGGAGCCUCGGGACCGUCCUCGCCACGAUGCUCAACGAGGUCGAGGCCACGACAGUCCCCGAGAAUGUGCUCCUCGCGGUCAUCGCCGUCUUGACGAUGAUCGGGGCUUUUACCAUUCACUUUCUUCCGGACACGGGAGGCUCGAUGCCCCUUACGAGUUCCAAGAAAGCCGCCGACGAUGUAGAUGCCAAAUACGCACUCGCGGCUUCGUUGGAGCCGCAUUCUACCGACCCAAGAAGAAGCGCGAUGCUCGAGAAACACCAUUCAAGGAGAUCGAUACCAUCGCCCGGUUUAAUCCUUCGGCCCUUUCAGCCGGUACCUCAUAGCGCUCUGGACUCGUCUCAAGCGAAACAUAUCAGCUCCAAGCAAGAGGCACAGCAAUAG